AUGAAAUGCACGGUUCACCAAUUGGCCUUGGUGAGGAAACCUGCAGUGUUGAGUAUCGACAAGUACUGGACUACCCUGGUUCGUCUCGGCCAUUUGUACGAGACAUACAGCUUUCGGCGUGCUCUUGGAGCUGCGCUGAUUUCCUUGUUGCAAAGAGAGGGGCAGUUCAUUCGAAUCCCUGUGUCUGAGUUUCCUGCUGAGAUGAAGACUUGGACAGCCAGAUGCGAGUGGCUGCUACGUGAUUUCGUCAGCACGAGUAAGAAUACCAAAAUGUCCCUGAAUGACGUGUUCAAAGUGGGCAAUGGGGACUCGACACAGCCAAUUUUGAAGGAGAUGGACACUACAGCAGCUCGUGAGUCACAACAAGAGGCCGGUCAGUUUGUUGACUCCAUUCUCGCCGACAAUGUGCAGGACGGAGAUUGGCAGCAUGAAAAGGCUCGCUGCAUAUUUUUCCACGUGAUAUUUGGAAACUUGGGAGGCGAUCUGAUUAAGCGAUACGUCACAUUUUUGGACACAGGCCUCCUUGAAUGUAUCAAGAUGGGACUUUCCCCUUCCUGCUCACAACUCAACACGAUCUUCAACGUUGUGCUGGUGAUCAUGUCUGAUAUUUGCAGGCGACUGCAACAAGUCUUUGAUGUGCCACCAUUUACCCUUUUCAAAUUGUGUGAAAUCAGUGACACUGGCGACUUUGUGAAAGCAUUCUCAGACCUAGAUGUGAGAUUUCAGACUUGCGCACAGUGCUUCGACUUUGAGUUCUCUUCCGAGUUGAUGGCCCAUUUUGCAGAGCAGCGCAACAAGCGGAGCCACACUACUCGGGAAUCAGAGCUUGAGAAGCAGCAGCGCAUUGGGAAAGCCAAGCAAAGAAAAAUCAGAUCUGUUUGUGGAUGGAACGUUUUUCAGCGAGAGGCCUUGUCUGACAAAGCGCAUUCCAAAGGUGAGUAUACUGCCAAGAUCCGGGCACUCAGUGCCAAAUGGAGGGCAAUGUCCAAGGACGAAAAGGCUGAGUAUGACAUUAAAGCAGCUCACCAACAAAGUUUACUGGACAGCUUGGAAGCGAGGCCAUUGCCUGUGAAGGGGCAGCCAGCUUCAGACAGUGAAGGAGAGCAAACUUGGAGAAACGCGAAGAAGAAGCGCUCAGCCAGACGACUGGACGUCAAUGCCGAAGCCUUUGAGCAGUAUGCAGUCUGGGACUGGCCAACGCGGCUGGGAGACAGCCUUUUGGCAGCAAGAGGGGCGCUGAAGCCAAGCCUGAUUGAUGUGCUGAGCACCGACAAGGAGAUUGAGGACCAUCUGGCACAAACUUUGCACAAGCGAUUGGAGAUGUGCCAAGGGCAAAAACCCGUCUGUGGACAAGUGCACUACGGAUGUAAUGGCUGGACUGUUCCCUGCGCCGGAGCAGUGCUUUUUACCGCUAUUGCCUGUGUCCUCCGCCCAGUGGUGAAGUUGCGGAAUGACCCUGUCUUCUUCCCAGACGGAGGCGCAGGAAAGGCCCGCCUCUCCUGGAUUUUGGAUCUUGACAAGGAUGUUGCAGAUGGACCGGUUGGUUCCAAGCCUUCUCGGGAGGAGAAGCCAGGUGAAAUCAAUGACGCAGUGUCUGGCACUGACACUGAGCCAGAGUCGUCUGACUCUGAUGAUUGGCCUAUACUCUCAGAAGAUGAGUCCCAUGAACCUUUGAUGUUUGAAGUUGUCGAGUCAAAAGCUGCUGUUUGUGAACUUUGCAAAGGGCAUAUAGAACCUGGAGCCAUCAUCGUCUAUUGGAAGUUCUUUGUGCUGCACUACCAUUGUGUCUUUGCUUUUGCCAGGUGGAACAACGAGGACGGAGAUAUCCGCUUGAAGGUUGCUACUGCAUUGGCUGAGUCUCAGGCGGCCACGCCAAAUCACCUGCACGAAAAGAUCAACCACUUGGUCCACAAGCUGUUGGCAGAUGAUGACACGGAGGCCGCCCAGACCUCCAAAGUCUUACCAGAGAAGCGGGUGUUCAAGAAAAUGCCUUCCACCAUUUGGGCCAGUGAGGAAGAGACAGUGCCUGGUGCGCCGUCCCUGGGUGUGCUGUCACCUGUGCCUUCCUCUGUUCCCUUGCUGGAUUUGCUGGCUGAAGAUGGUGAUCAAGAUGCGCCCGUUGUCGGGCCCGAGGCCACAGAGACCCAGCUCCGCUAUGAGGAUUGUGAGGAGUUUGCUCAGACCUUUCCUGACACUCUGCCCCAACCUUGA